UGACCAUCGCUGAUGGAUUACAGGGACAACUCGAGGGCUGAAGGCGAUGAAGUGACCGUGGGAGCUCGAUUGAAACGAGCUUUUGGUCGCUGAGUUCGCUCAGUCGCCUAGGAGGAGUGGAAUAUCAAUAGAAGUAGAGGCGCUGCUUUGAGAGAGAUUAAAGGACAUACCGGGGCCUUGAUUGGCUGGAAAGUAGCGGUACCCCUGCCAUGCAGUAGAAGUGGCACUAAGCCCCAUCUGGUAACAGAGGAGACGGGCUGGAACCUGGGCCUGAAAUCCCCAAGUUUGUUCGUCUGCCACUGCCACUUGCUCUCGCUCCUGCUGCUCUGAGUGUGAAGAAACGCGGGAAAUCAAACCAACCCAACCCAUCCCAACCGAUUUUUCCUCUCCUUGUGCGCCGCCUUCGGCCCCAGCACCAGAAUCAAAAAUGACAACAAUACCAAGACCCCAACCGUACAAGACAAGGCUUUUGCCCUCUGUUCUAUUACUUUCAUUUCCAUCCACUUUUCACCACCGCAAACCCAUCAUCACCACCCUGAAAUCAAUCCUGACCCGGCACCAGCCAGCCAGGCUGAAUGAAUGAAUGAAUGACAAACCGACCUGCAACUUACGUCUGUGAUCGCAACUCAGCUCUUCCUAAUAAAUCUCCCACUACUACUACUACUACUAAGACUCGCUCCACGCAAGCCCCAAAAGCCCACCACCCCUGACCACGUCUUGUCCACCACGGGAUCACCACCGGGUCUUUGGUUAUUUGCCGCCUCUCCCGUCACCAGUCCAUUCUCAAAUCCUGCUCCUUUCCCUAACCUUCUUCCACUAUCCUUCGCCGCCUGCAAAUAUCAUCAAUCAUCACCACACAUCACCUUUUCAUCAGACAACCCUUCCUAGACUAUACCAUCACCAUCAGCUCUUUGUGACAUCGACCUCUCUCAGCACCAUGGCUCCUCCAGUCAAGUCCGCCGACGCGCGACGCAAGUCCAGCACCAAGGCCAGCUUGAUUGUUACUCGCAAGGUGUCGCCCGACAUGCUGCGUGCUCUGCUCGCGCCCGACUCUAUCAAGGAAGAAUCUCCCUCCAAGGACUUCAAAGCCAACGCCGACUCAUCUACCGAUGCCGUGUCCGCUUCUGGCUCGCAACCACCAGCCAGCAAUACGAAUGGCGACAAUGCUUCAGACUCCAACGCCGCCACUCCUGUUCCUGACGCAACUCCCGCCGACGGGACACCGGCCCCGUCGGCCAUGGGACCGCCUACCGAUGGAGGGAAGAAGAAGGGCGUCAAACGAUCUGCCGCUGGCGCCAACGGUACAAUAGAUGGUGUCCCCAAGCCUCGAGGAAAGCCUGGCCCCAAGAAGAAGCCCCGUCUGGAGGACGGAACGAUCGAUCACUCAGGUUCUAAGCCUGCCGGAGGUCACAAGCUUGGGCCCAAAGCGAAUCAAGGAGCUAUCAACGCCGGACUUCGCGCUCUAGAUCGCUCAGGCAAGCCCUGUCGCCGAUGGGCCAAGGGAGGGUUCCAACUCAAGAGCUUCACUGGUGUGGCAUGGGAGAUCCCUCGCUGGGUGGCACCUCAAAAGAAGGCUCCCGAAUCCAGCGCUGAGGACUCUACUGCUGCAUCAGCCGAGGGCAGCAGUAAGGAGAAUAAAGAAAACGGCCACGAGAGCAACAGUGCUAGCAAUAGCAAUACUGCUAAUGACGUGGAGAUGCAAAGUGCGCCCAGCAACCACGCCUCGUCGCCGGCACCUCUUGCUAUUGCCGCUGCUUCAUAAAACCCACGCUACGAAGCUACCUAUUUUCCUCUUCAUUUUACUCUGAUACCAGAGAAUGUUUUACAGCGCGAGAUACUGCGGGCGUUCUAGGUUGGCAGACGACUCAUUCUUAGCCUGUCAGUGAGACUAAGGUGCUCUCAGACAGAGCAUGACCGUUCACUCAUUCGAAAUCUUUUAUGUUUUUUUUUUCACCAAAAAAGCGACGCUGGUGUCGCUGGGCGUUACGGAACAGCGAGGAUGGAACGCUGCGGAAAAGGAUUAGCAUUAAACCGUACCAGGGCUGGCGGAGCAUAUAUUUGAUGUAUAAUUACUGUUACGAUGGGGCAAUAUUAGAUACUUAUACUCUGGUAAUUCUCUGAAUUGAGCAAUCAAAUAUGUGUUCUCUAAGAAUAAAUCCCAUCUAUGCUGUCU